CACAAAGCAGUUGUUGAGCUCCUUCUGGAUGCAGGUGCGAACCCAAACAACCCUACUGACGGAGGGUUUUGGUCGCCUCUGCAUACUGCGUCGAGCCUUGGCCAUGUCGCUGUCGUCCAGUUGCUCAUCGCCCGAGGAGCGAACGUUUCCAUUACUUUGGACGAUGGUCGGACGCCCCUCCACCUCGCAGCGGAAUGCGGCCACAGUACCAUUGCGCGCCUUCUUAUCGGCGGCGGCGCCGACGUGGGAGCUCAAACUCGCUGGCGCUGGACUCCCCUUCACUACGCCGCG